AUGGACCUUCGCAAAUGGUGGGACAAGGAAGGGCACCGAAUCUUCAUGGCUGCAUCGGCUGCGCAGCCGGAGGACGAGGAGGAGGAGGAUGACAAGGAUGAUGCAUGCAUCGUCCCCGGCGAUGUCGAGGUCACUGAGCAUUUGCAGGAGGAGAAGGAGCCCGAGCAGCAGCAGGCGGACAUCGACACCAUCCAGCGAGUGCACGAUCGAGCCGUCGUCAUGGAGGAGGCGCUGGAGUUCUUCAAUGCCAUCGACAAGGAUGAGCCGGGGGCCGCGAUCGAGAGCAUUGAUGAUGUCGAGCCGCAGAAGCAGGACAAGGAUCAGUUUGACAAGCUUUUCCCGCUCGAUGCCGAGGACCAGGCCACACAGCACGACGACUACCCCAAGACACUUGCUGCCAUCGUCCACAGAGCCCUCAAAAAAGAAGUCCCGGUGUGCCAACUCGGAACUCGGAAAUCCUUGGGCUUGGAGGCGAUGCUGAAAAGGGUCACAUGCUUGAUUGGCGGGAUCCGCCAGUUCAGUCGCUUAGUGCGUCUGGAGGAAGGGCUGGUCAGCCUGGCAGCUUUGGAAAAGGCCGAGAUCCCCAUGAACUCAUGGAACCAGCGCCAACACGAGCUUGCCAUAGCGCGACAAGCCAUGAACUUGUCUCAAUGCCGGUUGUCAAGGGCACAGGCGUGGUCGCAAGCACAGGCCAAGUACGUCGAUCACAUCAAGGGGCUGAACAAACAGGUCAGCGACAAGGAUCCCGGGCUUCAGAUUGUCAACGCUUACCGCCCAAACCGGGACGGUUCGCAGCCUCAGAUCUUGGCCCUCCGGCUGGGCAGUGAAAUCCGGCUAGCAGCCGUGCUCAGUGUAUUUCGCGGGUCUGUGGUGCGGAAGAUGAACUCCAAGUCCUAUGGGCGGGUUAGAGUCUCCAAGCCUGUAUCUGUUGAGCUUCCUGCGGAAUGCACACGAAUGCUGCAUCUGGUCCCCUUGGAAGAGCAUCCGGACCAGCAGCGAUGGAUUGGCUCUUGUGCUGCCGUUCCCAUGUUGCUGGAUCCAAACGGCAUUGUUCAGGGUGAGGUGGGUGCAAAGAUCCAUUCCUCCGCCACGCGACUGCAUGUGAUGCCGACUCCUGCUGCCAUCGAAGCCAUCCGCCACAUGAGUGAUCCCAAAGUGCCGCCGCCGAAUCCUUUGCCGACCGAGCCUGCAGCGGAGGAGAACAUUGACAUGCCAGGCACGUCCGAAGGUGCAUCUAAGCAGAUGCACUUCAACGACAGGUCCUUCGCAAAGAGACAGAUGCCUCAGAAUGUCAUGGCUUUCCUACGUGGCCUGCGGGCCGCCUACCUCCAGGUCGGCGAGGACUUCGUUUGCUCAGAUGGCUCUGUCAAAUUGGAGGAUGCUUUGGGACGUGUGUCCUGGGAAUCCUUGGUGAGUCGUGCGCCAUCGUACUUCGAGAAGACGUGUGCAGACGUGAAGGGCUACAAGUUCUCGCAACAGGUGUACUUGCAUCUGACGGAGCUCUUGCCAAAGAAUGGAGCCUUGCAAUGCAUUACUAAUGCUCCUCUGAAGCUGCUUGUGGGCUUCCUGAGUCGCGUGGCUUCUGCUACCGCUGCGAGUGUCGUGCUGUCAGUCGCGUAG